AUGUUGUCUGAUUUUACUAACGAUACCUUCACCGGAUGGGCUUGCACUGCCAAAGGCGAACCGCUGCGAGAAAUGGAGUUACCUCUCAAAACUUGGGAUGAAAACUGCGUAGAUAUGGAUAUUAUUUGUUGCGGUAUGUGCGGAACUGAUCUUCAUAUCCUUGAAGAAAAUGUUGGCCCUGGCACUCUCUGGCCAUGUGUCGUUGGUCAUGAGAUUGUGGGUAAGGUCACUAGAGUGGGUAAGAAUGUCACCAAUGUCAAUGUGGGUGAUAGAGCUGGUGUUGGUUGUCAAGUUGAUUCUUGUGGUAAAUGUGAAGAAUGCUUGAAUGGGAAUCAGAAUAUGUGCACUGUUCGCCCUGUCUUGACGUAUAAUGACAAAUGGUUUAGCGGCGAAAAAACGUAUGGAGGCUAUGCCAACCGUUGGAGAGGAGACUAUCGCUUUGUUUGCAAAAUACCUGAUUCUAUGCCAAGUGAGGUCGCCGCUAGUAGUUUCCUGUGCGCUGGAUUGACUUGUUUUUCACCUUUGAGGAGAACCAAUGUAGAUUCAACGUCUGUAGUGGAUGUCAUGGGUAUAGGAGGAUUGGGUCACUUUGCUGUCUUAUUUGCCAAGGCCAUGGGUGCCAAGGUCAUUGCCAUGUCUCAAACUGCAUCCAAGCGCAGCGUUGCCUUGGAGUUGGGCGCAGACGAAUUUCUUGUUACCAGUGAUGCUACGGCCAUGUCCUCUUACAAGAAACAAAUGACCCAUAUUCUUUGCACUGGCACCAACCCAGCCGAUUUUCAAUGGAAUGACUAUUUCAGUCUUAUCAAAAGCAAUGGCCACUUUGUCAAUGUCAUGCUGGGCAAUUGGGUGUUUCCUCCUAUCAAUCCAGCCAUAUUGAUCUUUCAUCAAGUCUACAUUCACGGUUCCUUUAUUGGUAGCCCAAAAGAGAUGGGUGAGAUGCUGGCUUUUGCUGUAGAAAAGAAUAUUGUUCCUUGGGUCACCACGUAUCCCAUGUCCAAGGUCAACGAGGCUCUCAAGGACUUUAAGGCCGGAAAGCCCAGAUUUAGAUUUGUUUUGAAGAAUUGA